AUGGUCAAAGCAAAGGCAGCGAAAGGGACUGGCAAUAUUCCGAAUAAAAUACUACACAGCCGGGUCUCAUAUCUAUAUCAAGCCGCAUCAUAUUUGGCAGCACAGCAACCGCAUUCCGAGUCAGGACCUACACAAUACGAGAACAACACAAGCAAGACACCUAGCAACCACCCGAAAUCAAUAGAGACCAAUGGGGCGCAACAUAGCAGCUCGACGACAACCUCCGAAGCAGCUUACCGUCCCGCAGCCCGCCGCAUGAUCUCUGACCUCCGAUCAGUUACACUCAAGGGUCAGAUGCGCAUUUCACCCACUAUGAAACAUGCGAUAUGCAAGAAGUGCGAUACCUUGCUGACAGAUGCGUCUACUUGCACAAAUGAAGUUGAGAACAAAAGCAAAGAGGGUAAGAAACCCUGGGCAGAUGUGUUGGUGCGGAGAUGUUAUACAUGUGGAUUGGAAAAGAGAUUCCCUGUGGCAGCAAAAAGGCAGAAGAGGCGUCCCAAACGUACUUCACCAACCGAAAUCCAACCUGAAGGCAAUCGUGACGGCUGA